CCGGCAUUUCGGUCUGGAGCUCUAUCUGGCUGAAACUUUGGCGGAAAAGUUGAUGUCACGAAAAAUGUCCAUGAAAUCAUUUUCUGAAUCAGAAUUUUACGCUGAAUCCAAUGGUGAUAGUGUUGUCCCCAGCCGCCGCAUUGGUCCCGAGUUAUGGAAGGUUAUGUACUGCGCAUGCGAAGAUCUAUCUUCGUAA